AUGACGGACAAUCACCCCUCUCCCGAUUACUCCCGCCCACAGUUUCCAGCCCAUAAUGAGCCGCGGGUUUGGGUAAUUACAGCUGGUGACUCGCCCACCGGGAUAUCAGUGACGCGGAAAAUCCUUGCGCAUGGUGACUAUGCAUUAGUUGGACUAGCACAUACGAAUUUGGACCGAGAUGAGUGCCGUCGCGAUGGGUUCGAGGCUUUUAUGGUGGAGGUUGAGAGUCAUAGCGACGAGGGAUGGGGAGAACGAUUGAAACCGGUUCCAUUGGACAUACGGAUGAUGGGCGAGUGUCAAGCCGUGGUCGCCGAUGCAAUCGCAACGUUUGGCAAGAUCGAUAUUCUACUAUGCUGUACAAGUCAGGCACUUAUUGGAACCGUCGAAGAGCUCGCAGCCUCCCAGCAGACCUCGAACCUUGUCCGAGACCAGUUCGAGGUGAACUAUUUCGGACCGCUUAAUAUCGUGAAAGCAUCAUUGCCUCAUAUGAGAAGGCAAAGGUCUGGACAUAUCAUGAUUCUUUCGUCCAUUACAUCUCAUAUCGGCACACCUGGACUCGGGAUGUACUGUGCAGCCGGCUGGGCCCUCGAAGGAUUCUGUGAUAGCCUCGCCUACGAGAUAGCCCCCUUCAACGUCAAACUCACCAUCUUCGAAUGCAGCAUCGAAAUCGGUAUCCUCACGAACCUCGUAACAAGUGUCCCCCCAAUCGUCCCCGCAUAUUCCCCAUCCGUCAACCACGCGCCUCUCUUUCGCGUCCUCCUAAACCGUCUCAUACCCCGUCUGCCAAAUAGCGAAGCUCAGGGCCAACAAAAUCGCAACCAGAACCCAGGCGAGGAUGGACCCUUCUCUGUCCCCGAGGUUAUCUCGACGUAUCCCCCACUCAGUAGUGCCCAUUUGGAGGUUUUGACUGCUGAGACUGUUUAUGCAAUCACCGCAAUUGGAGGACAUGAGAACCCGCCGUCACGGCAUAUUGUGGGACAGGAAGGUGUUGCUAGUGUAAAGGAGAAACUGAAGACUGUUAGUGAGGAACUGGAGGAUUUUAUACAGUCGAGUUUUGCUGUUGAUUUCGCGGCUGAUAGUGCUGCUUGUCGGCCGCCGAAGGAUGGUGAUACAUCUAUGGGAGGCAUAGAGCAAUGA